UGGCUAAUCUAAAUGAUUGACAGACCGCCUUCUCCAAUCAAUGUUUGCACAGAUCGGGCACCUGACUCCUGCCGUCCUAUGUGGAUGAAACGCUGCAUCUGACCUGCCCAAGGACACGCCCCCAAAUAGCGCCUCUCCGCACGUGGAGUCUGUGUGGGCGCGAUCACUGCCUACGGCUCUGCGCUGCUGUCCCUACCGCGGCCUGCUGAUUGGGCGGCCUGCGACGAGCCACCUUGCUGCCGGUCCCGGUCCUAGUACGGCACCGUGCGCGCGUUUAGCGCUUUGUCACGUAGUUGUCUCGUUGGUGCCGCGUGGCUAAAUCCGGCCGUUGCUCCCCGCGCGCGACCCUGCGGAAGCGGCCGGUGGGGGCGGAACGCGCCAGGCCAUGGAGGCGGCGGGCGGGUUGUGGCAGUGGCUGUCGGGGCCGGAGGAGCGGCAGCUGCUGGAAAGCCUGUCCUACGGGCUGGUGGGCACUGGGGCGCUCUCCGCGCUGCUGCUGCGCUUCAUACGAAUGCCGUAUGGGCGCUACUCCACGCCCCGCUUCGGUUGCUCUGUGCCCGCUUGCCUGGCCUGGACGCUGCAGGAGCUGCCGGCGCUGCUGGUUCCGCUGGGGCUGAGCCUCUUCAGCGGCGCGGCCCGCGUCUCUGAGUGGCCGAACCGGGUCCUGCUGGCGCUCUUCAUCGGGCACUACGCACACAGGGCACUCAUCUUUCCUUUCUUGAUUCGUGGAGGAAAACCAACACCAUUCAUUACUUUCACACUAGCACUCAUAUUCUGUGUCUAUAAUGGAUACUUGCAAGGUCGGAGCUUAAGUAAUUAUGCAGAAUAUCCUUCUGGUUGGCUGAAAGGUCCUUGUUUCAUUGUAGGUUUUGCAGGGUGGCUGAGUGGCAUGACAAUUAAUAUUUAUUCUGAUCACAUUCUCAGAAAUCUGAGAAAACCAGGGGAAACGGGCUACAAAAUACCAAGAGGAGGAUUGUUCGAAUAUGUAACUGGAGCCAACUUUUUUGGAGAGAUUCUUGAAUGGUUUGGAUUUGCUCUUGCCAGCUGCACUAUUGAAAGUGCUGCUUUUGCCAUAUUCACAUUUUUCAUCCUAGGUUCCCGGGCACACCAACAUCAUCAAUGGUAUCUUGAGAAAUUUGAAGACUACCCAAAGGCCAGGAAGAUAUUGAUUCCAUUUUUGCUCUGAGGUGUGCAUCAUGGAGCUGGCUGACUUUGAAUGCUGGUGGUUGCUAUUCUGAAAAUAUUCAGUUCACAAACAACUCCCAACAAGUUAGCCUAAAGGUUUUCUUUUAACAUUUUCAGUGUCACUUUUGUUGGUUCCUAUGACCUCAUCAACUGAUGGAUGAGGUCAUAGUGACAGAAGAGUCAGCCAUCCUGUUCCUAUUUGGAACAUAGUGUAAUAACUGCCUUAAUAAAAUAAUAUCUUCAUCACUGGAACUACAGGGAUGCCUGUAUUGCUUCUUAUCCUGCCUCUGCCUGUUGCUGUUUCUGCCUCAGCCGGGCACAAUACCACCAAGAUCUCAUAUAUUGCACCAUGUCAGUGGGUGCUUGUGCGCACUCUGUCCCCACACAAACAGGAUUUACUUGCCUCACCCCCCCCGUCUUCCCCCCCACAGAUAAUCUAGUGCUAGUAGUGUCACUAAAUGUAGUCUUUGUACUGAGUAUUAUGCCUAGCCACUGAGCAAGGAGUAGUGGUGAGAGCUACCCUCAGCCCCCGCACAUCUAUGCAGGCACAAACAAUAGAACACUGUUAACACUACAUGCACUACUUAUGAGAGAAGCAGUAACUUUGGGAAAUAAUGGGUUAAGAUUUACUUCUUCCUCCAAAUUGAUAACUCUCUCAGGUACUUUUCAGUGGCUGGCGUCUCAGCCACUUCCAUGACAUAUUCUACUUUCCUUAUUUUUUCCAUUCUACUCUUUGUUCCGCUUUUUAUUUUUCAUAUGAGAAAUAUUAAUGGUUACUGGUAAAAGAUUUGCCUUAAUUUUUUGCCAGUUCCCGCCAACA